GCAAGUGGAUCCACACUGGGGCGCUGAGUUCCCUCUCAAACCAACCGGCGAGUGUGUACAGAGCAGAGCGCAACUUGGGAACCUGGAAGCUUAAAUCUCACAGCAAAUCCCCAUUAGCUGCGAGUUGACAUGGCUUGACUGAUCUCAGAGGGAAGUUUCAGGAAAUGCAACAGGUGGCGGAGCGGAGGGAAUGAACUGUGCGCUGCCGUCAGGUGGCACCAUGGAGGACAGCAGCCUCAAUGACUCCAACGUAAAGGUCGCUGUCCGUGUGCGACCAAUGAACAGGAGAGAAAAAGAUCUAAAGACAAGAUGUGUGGUGGAGAUGGAGGGGAACCAGACCGUUCUGCAUCCGGCCGUCACCAACAUGAACAAAGGAGACCCCCGAAAUCAGCCAAAGGUUUUUGCCUACGACCACUGCUUCUGGUCAAUAGAUGAAUCUCGGAAAGACAAGUUUGCAGGUCAGGAUGUAGUGUUCCAGUGCCUCGGGGAGAGUCUGCUGGACAGCGCCUUCAUGGGCUACAAUGCGUGCAUCUUUGCCUACGGACAGACAGGCUCUGGGAAGUCUUACACCAUGAUGGGCUCAUCGGAGCAGCCCGGUCUGAUCCCGCGGCUCUGCAGCUCCCUGUUCGGCCGGACUGUGCAGGAGGCUCGGGAGGGGGAGAGCUUCACCGUGGAGGUCUCCUACAUGGAGAUCUACAACGAGAAGGUCCGAGACCUGCUCGACCCCAAAGGAAAUCGCCAAGCGCUGAGAGUAAGAGAGCACAAAGUUUUGGGGCCUUAUGUUGAUGGUCUGUCCCGCCUGGCUGUGUCCUGCUACAAGGACAUAGAGUCUCUGAUGUCGGAAGGAAAUAAAUCUCGCACCGUGGCCGCCACAAAUAUGAAUGAAGAGAGCAGCAGAUCUCACGCUGUGUUCAACAUCAUCCUCACACACACACUCAUGGACCUACAGUCUAAGACGAGCGGGGAGAAGGUGAGCAAGCUGAGUCUGGUGGAUCUGGCUGGCAGCGAGAGGGCAGCCAAGACCGGAGCAGCGGGGGAGCGGCUGAAAGAAGGGAGUAACAUCAAUAAGUCCCUCAGCACUCUGGGUCUAGUUAUCUCGGCCUUGGCUGACCAGGGAGCAGGGAAGAACAGGACCAAGUUUGUUCCUUACAGAGACUCUGUGCUGACCUGGCUGCUCAAGGACAGCCUGGGAGGGAACAGCCGCACAGCCAUGGUCGCCACCAUCAGCCCUGCCGCGGACAACUACGACGAGACGCUGUCCACCCUGCGUUACGCCGACAGGGCCAAGAGCAUCGUCAACCACGCCGUGGUCAACGAAGACCCCAACGCCAGGAUCAUCCGACAGCUCCGAGAGGAAGUGGAGAAACUGAGGGAGCAGCUCACCAAGGCUGAGUCUAUGAAGGCCCCCGAGCUGAAGGACAGGCUGGAGGAGUCGGAGAAACUCAUCCAAGAAAUGACAGUCACCUGGGAGGACAAACUCCAGAAGACUGAGGCUAUUGCGCAGGAGCGCCAGAGGCAGCUGGAGAGUCUGGGCAUUUCCCUGCAGUCUUCUGGGAUCCGAGUGGUGGAUGACAAGUGUUUCCUGGUCAACCUUAACGCUGACCCUGCCCUCAACGAGCUGCUGGUCUACUACCUGAAGGAGCACACGCGUGUGGGCUCGGCCGACUCGCAGGACAUCCAGCUGUGUGGAAUGGCCAUCCAAGCGGAGCACUGCGUCAUCGACAUCACCGAGGACAAAGGCGUGGUGCUCAGUCCUCACCGCAACGCUCGAACAUGUUUGAACGGUGCUGCAGUCACCAGUCCGGUCCAGCUUCAGCACGGGGACAGGAUCCUGUGGGGAAACAACCACUUCUUCAGGAUCAACCUGCCGAGACAUAUGGUCCGCUCCGGAGCUGAGGACGAGGAGAGCGGCGCCAUGAUGAAGACGUGUUUGAGCACAGAGCAGCUGGAGGUGGACUUUGAUGCGUCCAGCGACCUGUCGAGCGAGCUGAGCUUCGGCUACGAGUUCGCUCAGGCCGAAGUCAUGAUGAAAAGCAUGGGCACCAACGACCCUCUGCAGGCGGUGUUACAGACCCUGGAGAGGCAGCACGAGGAGGAGAAGCGCUGUGCCCUGGAGCGCCAGAGGCAGAUCUACGAGCAGGAGCUGCAGCAGCUCCGCCAGAGGCUCACUCCUGAGAAAUCCUCACAAGGCCUGGACCCAGCAGGCACUGCUGUGACAUCACCCAGCUCCAAAAAGCGCAUGCGCCACUGGAGCGAGGACAGAGAAGCCAUGAUGACUCGCAGCCUGCGGCGCCUGAGGGAGCAGAUAGUACGGGCCAACCUGCUGGCGCAGGAGGCCGGCUUCAUUGCCGAGGAGCUCAGCAAGAGGACGGAGUACAUGGUCACUCUGCAGAUACCUGCUGCCAACCUGGAUGCCAACAGGAAGCGUGAUGUAGUACUGAGUGAGCCGGCCAUCCAGGUUCGUCGUAAAAGUAAAGGGAAGCAGAUCUGGGCUCUGGAAAAGCUGGAGAACAGGCUGGUGGACAUGAGGGAACUCUACCAGGAGUGGAAGGACUUUGAUGAAGACAACUCUGUGAUGCGCUCCUAUUUCAAACGUGCCGACCCGUUCUUCGAUGAACAGGAGAACCACAGUCUGAUCGGCGUGGCCAAUGUUUUCCUGGCCUGUCUUUUCUACGACGUCAAGCUGCAGUACGCAGUGCCCAUCAUCAACCAGAAUGGAGAGGUGGCCGGUCGGCUGCAUGUCGAGGUGUGGCGGGGUACAGAGAGCUCUGAGGAGUCUGUACUUCAGCACAGCAACACAGACGGAGAGCCACAGGAGCGCAAACUGGACUGUGUGGUGAACAUCCUCCAGGCCAACGGUCUGCCGCGCCACCUGUCCAACUUUGUCUUCUGCCAGUACCACUUCUGGGGGCAGGACGAGUCGGUGUUCAUCGCUCCAGAGAUGGUGUCAUCCAGCUCGGCCUCCACCUCCAGAGACCCUCAGUGCACUGUGGUCUUCGACAGCGCCAAGGAGUUCUCUGUGCCGGUAUCAGAGGACUUUGUGGACUAUUUGGCAGAGGGGGCGGUGGCCAUUGAAGUGUACGGCCACAAGCAGGCCAACCAUCGGAGGAACCUGGCACUGUGGGACCUAGGAGUGAUUCAAGCCAAGACCCGAACCCUCAGAGAAAGGUGGAGCGAGGUGACGCGCCACCUGGAGAUGUGGGUGCAGCUGAGUGAGCUGAACGAGGCGGGAGAGUUCUGCGCUGUAGAGGUUCUUCCCGCCAAAGACGUGCGUACAGGAGGAGUCUUCCAGCUCCGACAGGGUCAGUCCCGUCGGGUCCAGGUAAAGGUGCGUUCAGUACCGGACUCGGGCACAGUGCCCCUCAUCGCCACCUCUAUUCUCUCUGUAUCCAUCGGAGACGUCAAGAUCCAACAGACGCGUCUCACCAAAGGCAGCGAAUCAAAAUGGGGUGGGGAUGAAGAAAUGGACAGCUACCAGGAGCUAGACCUGGAGAGGAUGAGGGAACAGUGGCUGGCCACGCUCACUCAGAGACAGGAGUAUCUGGACCAGCAGCUACAGAAGAUAGUUUGCAAACCAGAUAAGUCAGAGGACGAUGUGGAGCGGGAGUCCCAGCUGCUGGAAUGUCGCCUGACGCUCACCGAAGAACGCAACGCCGUCCUAGUGCCGUCGGCCGGCAGCGGCAUCCCUGGAGCGCCUGUGGAGAGGGUUCCUGUCCCUGGCAUGGAAACACACAUCCCCGUCCUGUUCCUGGAUCUCAGUGCUGAGGAUUUCCAGGCCAAUCUUUCAGCCCCACUGGCCGGGGGGCUGGAUGCGUUACUCAGUGGGGAGGAGAAGGAUGAAUUCUUUGACCUUCAUAUUGUUAAACGCUAUGAUCCAGAGGUGAAGGUGGAUGCCUCCUGGGACUCAACGGUCCAUAAAUGCCCCCAGCUGAGUCGCGUGAUGUCAGCUGACCAGAGGGUCUACCUGACCGUCAGCACAGUGGUUCAGCUGAGCCACCCGGCCCAGAUGCAGCUGGUACUCAGGAAACGCAUCUGCGUCAACGUCACCGGGAAACAGGGUUUCGCCCAGAGCCUGCUGAAGAAGAUGUCUCAGCGCAGCACCAUCCCGGGCUGCGGAGUCACCUUUGAAAUCGUUUCUAAUAUCCCAGGGGACAUCUAUGGUCCAGAGGACAGGGAGAUGUUGGCCAGGCUGGCUGCCAGCAGCGAGGACGGCCAGUCAGCUGACAGUGAGGCGGCCAUAGAGAAGUACCUCCGCAGCGUCCUGGCUGUGGAGAACAUCCUCACUCUGGACAGACUCAGACAGGAGGUGGCUGUCAAGGAGCAGCUGGCAGUCAGAGGCAAAGCUUCCACACGCUGUCUGAGCUCUCCAAACAUCCAGCAGCUGUCAGCCAACAGUCUGGACCUCUACCCCUCCACUCAUAGACUCAGUGACUUCAAGGGCUGGGAGAGCCACCAGGACCUGUCUCUUGUGAGUCCUUCAUCCAAACACACAGUGCCUAGCUCCGUAUCCCAAAGCCUUCACCCAGAUGCAGUGGAUCCAGGCUUUGCUGUGUCUUAUCUCCCUCCAGUGAAGGCCGUACCCCAGCUGCUGAAGUCCCUGCUUCCUGGGGGGAAGGAAGAUGGUAGAGCCCAGACGGCCGCCCAUCAGCAGAGUUUGCCUCGCAUCGUGGUGCAGUCAGCCAGUGUUGACGAUGACAUGAGCAAACACCAGCAGCCGGUUCCCAUUGGGCAAAUCAUUCCCCCCGACCUCCAAACAGAAGGCCCCAGAUCCGUGCCCCUCCCGCCGCCUUACAUCCCGGGGACAGAAGACUCCACCCACAGCGCGGUGAGCGAGGCCUCGAGCGGGUACAUGUCAGCGUGCAUAUCUACGGCAACGCUGUCGGACGUCUACACACUGAGCUGGGACCUGCCUCCGUCAUCCGGCAGCAGAAGCCACGGCUUCGAGACGGUGCCAGGUGAAGACGAAGAGGACAAUAAUGUGGCACAGUCGGACCCUUACCCUGAGGCUCUCCCUGUGGACCAAUCAGAGACUCAGAAGUCGUUGCUGGUUUUGGACGAUGGGACAGCUGAAGAGAGAACAGACUCGCCACCGUCCAAACAAGACCAUGCCCCUUCAGAUUCAAUCCCAACUCCACAAGAACCAAACCAGUCUCCGUCAGUCAAGUUAAAGGAGCAUGAAGAGCCGGAUUCUGAAUCAGACGCGUCACACCAGAUCAAACAAAAGCAAGACUCAACUACUGGCCAUAUUGGAUCAGAACAGGUAGACAAUUCAGAGCCAGUGAAAGAUUCACUGUUAGUCCCAGAGAAUGAAAACAGACGGACAGGAGAUCCACAGGCAGACCACUCAAAACCAGAAACCCCUCAGACAGAAGAACUCAAGCUAGCUGCUACAGCUGAGACAGAAGCUGACCCGUCACUCCGCUACGAAACGCUGACACAGCCGUCUGUGCAAGAAGGUCAAAGUCAGCAGCAGCCCAAACACGACCAAAAACCCUCUAACAGUGCCCAAGAUCCAGCCCCAAACCUGGUGCCAGUUGUGUGCCAAGUCUUGCUUCCAGCUACUGUCCCAUCUGGAGAUUUGGUUUCUUUAUCGUUGUCUGAAGAACAAGCCACUUCUGAGGCCUCAAACUCAAAUGGAACCUCCACCCAGACUUCAUCCUCAACCACUAAAGAAGUCCGACAGGAAGGCCCUACCAAUGCGUCUAAGAAAGCCACCGUGGCCCCAGGUCCUUCUCUGUCCAGUGUUCCGCCUUCCAAACCGGACGCCUCAGUGGCAAACCCCUUCAAGAUCCACAAAGUGAAGUCUUCAGACCUCCGGUCCUUCCAGCGUAUUGUGGGCGAGGAGGAGGGUAAGCCUGCGCAGGUGGACCGGGCCAGCAGCCUGGGGGCGGGACUUAACCUCUCAGUGCCAACGGAAAACCUGGAAAUGAUCUCCGACUCUGAGGAGGGAGAUGCUGCUGCAGUUCUCCCCGACUGGUUAAAAGAAGGCGAGUUUGUGACCGUGGGGAACAAUAAGAGCGGCACCGUCCGAUACGUCGGACCCACAGACUUUGCAGAGGGUACCUGGGUGGGGGUGGAACUGGAGGUACCAGCAGGAAAGAAUGACGGUUCAGUGUGCGGCAAGCACUACUUCCACUGUAACCCUGGUUACGGCGUGCUGAUAAGGCCAGACAGGGUGAGCAGGGCCAGCGGCAAGCCCCGUCGCCAGCAGCAAAAGCGGCGUAGCGCCAACCUGUCUGGAUCCAGCCCCAACCUGGCAGCCCUCACCGCGCUGGCCAAAGGCGGAGGCGGUGGGGGUGCACCCGGCCGCAGAGGAGAGAACCGCAAGUCGUGGAACACCUGAGACAAACACAUGCCGCAACUGGCUGACAGGACUACAGAGCUCAACAGUGUGGUUCCAGAAGUAAAAAUCCCAUAGGUUCUCUCCAUAAGGAUUUUAGUUUCAUAAGGUCUAAAGGCUCCGAGGCAGACUGACCCGAGCCACGAGGUUGGGAAACUAAAGGUUCUGUUCCUGUAUAAGCUAGAAGUGAGAAUUAAAUCCACCUUAUUUUAAGAAAAACAUGUUUGACUGCCGAUCUUAUGGAGAAAUACUACACUACCCACAAUCCUAAGCGCAACAGCGAUGUCUCUU